GGGCCGGGGCCGGAGCCGGUGCCCGGGCCGGUGCUCGUCGGUCGCUGGUGGCUGCGGGGCCGCGGCGGCACCGGGAGCGGAGCUGCGCGGGAGCCGUCGCCCCGGGCCGGGCUGAGCCGAUGCUUGCGGCAGAACCCGCCGGAGCCAUGUCCCAGCCCGAGGCAGAGCGGGCGGGAGGCGACUCCGCUCCGGAGCCAGAGCCGGAGCCGGGGCCGGGGCUCCCCGGGCGGGCCCCGCACCGCAACCGGCGGCUCUCGGGACGCGACUCCCGCCGCGCCUCCUCCCGCUUCAACCGGCGGAGCUCGGCCGAGCUGGAGCUGCUGGGAUACCCGGCACCGGGCGAGGGGCGCGGGGGGUCUCCGCCGCCGCCGCUGCUGCCACCGCCGGGCGCUGCCGGGAGCCGGGAGCCGGAGGAGACGGAGAGCGAGGAGGUGGAGACGCGCGCGGUCGCCACCUCCCCCGACGGCCGGUUCCUCAAGUUUGACAUCGAGAUCGGCCGCGGCUCCUUCAAGACCGUCUACAAGGGGCUGGACACGGAGACCACGGUGGAGGUGGCCUGGUGCGAGCUGCAGACACGAAAGCUGUCGAAGACAGAACGGCAGCGGUUCAGUGAGGAGGUGGAGAUGCUGAAGGGGCUGCAGCAUCCCAACAUUGUCCGCUUCUAUGACUCCUGGAAGUCAUCCAUCAAAGGCCAGCUCUGCAUCGUGCUGAUCACAGAGCUCAUGACAUCCGGCACCCUGAAAACGUAUCUGAAGCGGUUCAAGGAGAUGAAGCUGAAGGUGCUGCAGCGCUGGAGCCGGCAGAUCCUCAAGGGGCUGCACUUCCUGCACACUCGCUCACCCCCCAUCAUCCACCGUGACCUCAAGUGCGACAACAUCUUCAUCACGGGGCCCACCGGCUCCGUCAAGAUCGGGGACCUGGGGCUGGCCACGCUGAAGCGAGCCUCCUUCGCCAAGAGCGUCAUAGGUACCCCCGAGUUCAUGGCGCCGGAGAUGUAUGAGGAGAAGUACGACGAGGCGGUGGACGUCUAUGCCUUCGGGAUGUGCAUGCUGGAGAUGGCUACCUCGGAGUACCCCUACUCCGAGUGCCAGAACGCUGCCCAGAUCUACCGCAAGGUCACCUCGGGCCUGAAGCCCAGCAGCUUCUACAAGGUGAAGGUGCCGGAGCUGAAGGAGAUCAUCGAGGGCUGCAUCCGCAUGGAUAAGGACGAGAGGUACACCAUCCAGGACCUGCUGGAGCACUCCUUCUUCCAGGAGGACACGGGGGUGCACGUGGAGCUGGCGGAGGAGGACGAUGGCGUCAAGUCUGGGCUCAAGCUCUGGCUGCGCAUGGAUGACACGAAGAAGCUGCACGGCAAGUACAAGGACAACAACGCCAUCGAGUUCCUCUUCGAGCUCUACAAGGAUGUGGCGGAGGAGGUGGCCCAGGAGAUGGUGGUCCUGGGCUUCAUCUGCGAGGCUGACUACAAGCUGGUGGCCAAGGCGGUGCGGGACCGUGUGGUCGCCAUCAAGCGCAAGCGGGAGAAGCUGAAGCGCUCCCAGGAGAUGCGGUCGCCUGCGGAGCCGGAGCAACCAGCGGGCGUCCUGCGGAUGCUGGAGGAGCUCAAGUCCCCGCUGCCGCCCGGAGCCCCGGUGCCCUCCCUGCUCACACCCGGCUCCGGGGAGUCCAUCUUCAGCAGCACCUUCCCCCCCGAGCCCGAGGAGCCCGAGGCCGACCAGCACCAGCACUUCAGCUACCAGCACACCAGCUACUCCUCGGCCACCUCCGACGGCGAGACCGACGGGUACCUGAGCUCCUCCGGCUUCCUGGACUCCCCGGACGUGGCGCAUCGCAGCUUCCCGGCGGGGGACCCGUCGAGCCCGCCGCCCGCCCGCCCUGCGCGCUGCUUCCCCACGAGCAUCGCGGUGCAGCUGCCCCCCGAGCGCCUGCCCUCGGCCAGCGGCUUCUCCUCCCCGGUGGACAGCUACGCCUCCGAUGUGGCGUCGGGCAUGAGCGACGGCUGCGAGGGGCUGUCGGCCGGCGAGCAGAGCUCCAAGGGGCCGGCCAAGAGGGCUGCGGGGAAGCUGCUGCGGCGCAGAGCCCGCUCCAGGCUCCGCAUCACCAACAUCUCGGACAAGAACGACCGGGUGGUGGAGUGCCAGCUGCAGACCUACAACAACAAGAUGGUGACCUUCAAGUUCGACCUGGACGGGGACAACCCAGAGGAGAUUGCGGCCGUCAUGGUCCACAACGAGUUCAUCCUCAAGUCGGAGAGGGACGGCUUCAUCCACCGCAUCCGGGACAUCAUCCACCGUGUGCAGACCCUGCUCCGCAAGGAUGGGAGCAGCGCUGUGGAGCUGCCCCGGAGCCCUGAGGCUGAGCGCAGCCCCACGGACCUGCCGCUGCAGGAGCUGUCGCGCUCCAUCUCCUCGUCCUCUCUCAGUGGUAAGUCUCUGCCCUGUGCAGGCCCUUCUCAUCCCCCCACCAGGGCCCAUGCAGGGCAGGUAAUGGCCCCGGCCAAGCCCAUGGGGCACAUCCUGCCCUGGCUGAGUGCCGGCUGUCACCCCUGUGCCGCAGACCUGGGCUCCACCAGCCCCAGCCUCUCAGUCCAGUCCCCGGUCCCACCGUUGCUGAGCAGCUCCCCAUCAGAGAACAACCUCGGCAGCCCCGUGGAGGCACCGGCAGCCGGUGAGCUGCAGCCAGCGCUGCUGGGCUCCCCUGCAGGCUCCGUGCAGACCUGGCCCCUUGUCUCGGUGGCUCCCUCCUGGCUGACAGCACCACCGGUGCUCCCACAGAGCCCCCCAAGCACCCCAGGCGGGCCCGUCCCCACAGCCCUACCCCAGCCCCUGCUGUCCCCACUGCUGCUCCCCACGUCCCCUGUUCCCAGCGAGCCCAGCAGCCCCCUGAGCCCCCCCAUGACCAGCACAUCCUGGUCCCCCACCACCCCCUUCCUUUCUCUGGCCAAUGUCUUCUCUCUGGCAGUGAUGAGCGUGGCGCACACGCUGCUGCCCGGCGUCUCCUCCAUCGCCAGCUCCGGUGCGCACGUGUACCCACCGCUGCUCCCGCGGCCACAGAGCCUGGUCCUGGGGCCCCCCCGCUUUGUCUACCCUGACCCCGCCAGCAUGGUCAAGCCAGCACCAGCCUUCAGUGGGACUCUGCUGUCAGCAGGGGCUGAUGUCCCCCCUGCCAGGGGGCCCGUGCCGUUCCCUUCCCCAGCACCAGCCCCACCAUGCCCCACAGGCAGCAGUGCUGUGGGGAGUCCCCUGCCAUCGCUGAGUACAUCCACACCAGGGAGCCUGGAGGGCAACGCGGUGCUGCCUGGCUCCCCCAAGCCCAGCAACUCGCUCAUCAUCUCGGAGUCACCAGCCCCUGGCGUGCCCAAGGCCCAGCUCUCGCCCAUCAACGAAGCAGAGGCCAAGCCCCAGAUCCUAGGCCGGUUCCAGGUGACACCAAUCAAGGACCUGGCAGCGACGUCUCCGGUGCUGGGCAGCAGCGAGGGUGAGCAGCACGGCACAGAGCCGGCAGCCAGGGGCUCCCCCUUGCCUGCAGCCCCUGCCACAAGGGGCAGCUCAAGCAGCGAGUCGGACUCAGUGCUGGAGAUGGCGGAGCAGGACCCCGAGGCUGAGGAAGUGCCGGUUGAGGAGGGCAGGGCGGCGGCAGCGGAGAGUGACCGGGAGGGUCCUGGGGAGGACGGUGGCGAGAGCGCGCCGCAGGCGGUGAUAAACCAGGUGUGGCUGAGCUACUCCCGCAGCUUGUCCUACCUGAGCAGCGACGACACCGAGAGCGAGGAUGAGGAGAUCUGGGAAGAGCUGCAGAACCUGCGCCAGAAGCACCUGGCCGAGGUGCAGCUGCUGCAGAGCAUGCAGAAGAAGGAGAUCGAGGAGCUGUACCUGCGCAUGGGGAAGCAGCCGCCGCUGGGCAUCGUGUCCCCCGCUGCCAUGCUCUCCAGCCGCCAGCGCCGCCUCUCCAAGGGCAGCUUCAACCCGUCCCGCCGCAACAGCCUGCAGCGCCUGGAGCUGCCGCAGCCCCAAGGCAUCAUGCGCCGCAACUCGCUGAGCGGCAGCAGCACGGGCUCGCAGGAGCAGCGGCUCAGCAAAGGGGUGACCUUCGCCGAUGACUUCAGCCGCGUGUAGCCGGCUGGCCAGGAGUGACCUCGUGAACUACCUCAACCAAGUGCCUGCUGCCCCCGGGGUGGGGGAGAGCCCCGUCCGCGCCUCCCGGGAGGGAAGCGCCAGCCCUGGGAGCAGCCAGCGCCGUGGGGCCGAUCCAGCCGGGUGCCCGCAGCCCCUCACCUCCAGCCCUCUGUAUCUGCCCUCCAAUCUCCUCCUUCCUUGUGCCCCCUGGACCCCUCCCUGCCGUUCCCAGUCUGUUUCUCCAGCCCAACCCCAGCUGCAGGACACGUGCAAGGCGCUGCCAUCCCUUAUGGAUCCCCGCAGGCAGAACCACCCCCCCCCCCUCAGUGAUCUC